UUCAGUUUUUGAAAAAUAUGCAUUUUUAUUUUAGGUGUCUUUUAUAAUACGAAUACAGCCCCCAAAAAAUUGCCACUUCGCCGUAUGUCGAACUAGCACAGUUUUUGAAGCGUCUUAGGAAGCCAGCAGCGCUGAAAAUUUUGUGUUGCAACCGUUACAGAAAUGUCGCUGUACGGUUGAAAAUCCAAAUGCCCCCUAAGACUGAAUAACCUUUUAGUUAUCCAGAAACCGCAAACGACAAGAAUAUGGUAACAUCCUAGAGACUCAAAAAUGUUCCGUUGUGUCAACCUAUUUCAGUCAACUGCCGGCUAAUAUAUAGAUCAACACAAUUUUAAAUAUCCGACUCUUAAUAAACAACCAACCAGAUCAAUGGAAAUCGAAAUGUAAUUAUUCAAAUAAUUUAAUUAAUUUAAUUUAAUUUAACAUAAUUUAUAUUGCGCUAACUCCACUAAUUGACCAAAGCGCAAAUACGUCUAGACGUCGAUGCGUGACAGAUCGCCCUUCACUGAGCUCAACUGAGAACCAGCUAAAAGCAAAUACUGUCAUUCAAUCCGAAAUUAAAUCAAAGUGACUCUGAGCCACUCAACUCAGAAAACGUAUUAUGAAAAUGCGAGAAGGUGGGCGAAAGCGAGUUCGUCUGCGUGAGUUGGCCACCAGGUUCCGCUCUUGGAAAUUAUUUUUCUUCUGAUUAUCAUGCAUAGUCAAGUAAUUAAAGCAAAGAGCCUUUUGAAGCUUUCUAAUGCCGAAGCGAAAAAAUGGGGAGUUCAGUCAUAAACCCAAUAUAAUAAUACUGUGAAUCGCUUUAAUUGUUUACCCUCUCCGUUUAGUGGUUCGUUUCAGCAGUCCACGUUGUUGUCUUUAGCGCGUUUAGCGUUAUUAUUUUUCCUUCUAUAGUCCAACAGUUGAGAAUGACUGAAAAAACAUCGAGUAAUGUAAGUGUUUUCCUUCUGUGAGUUUGCCGUUCUCAUUCUAAGUUUUGCAGGAGAUAUUUACGAUAGAAGGUACGAGUCAUUGACCGCCCUAUGUUGUCUUUUUUUAGGCUGACAACUCACCGUCUGAUCUGAUCCAUUUGGCGGGCAGCGGCGUAGACCUGCCAUGUCUUGAGAAAUUUAGUGGCAGAUGCUUUUGCAAAAAUAGUGCAAGCAGUCUUAAAAGAGGGUCUCCUAUACUUUUACGUAAAAUGUGAUUGGGCGAUUUUUUUUCUUAUGAGUCGUGAUUUAAAUGUGUUUUAUGCGUGAAUCGUGGUUAAAGGUGAUAAGAUCUUUUCAUGUCCACGUGAACGAAUUUUUUUAUUUAAAAGUGAUCCGUCAAUGAAGAGCUGAAUUUAACGUGAUUCGUGAACUAUUUUGCUUUGCUUGAUGAAUUUGCGGCCAUUUUAUCUUUUUGAGAAUGUCCAUAUUGUUCUUGAACGAAUAGGGCUAAGUUUUGACAGGACUUGAUAUGGAUCGAUAAAAGUCAUAAAACAGACCAUUAAUGGGUCGCGAAGAAAUGAAAUAAACAUCGCGUCAAUUUCUUUUAUCGACCAGUAACAACCUCAGUAACCCACGUGCCCUGACACUCCUCUGAUGCUUUGGUGACCCAGGCCUUGUAGUGACCUUUGUAGUGAGCUCUGGUUUGAACCGUUCUUUGAAGACCUGUGAGAAGAAGUCUUCCAACAGUCUAAACAAAAAGAUCUACAAAGUGAGAGCUGGUCUUCUCCGUCAUUCAGAUACCUGUUAUCGGAUCGACACAAAACAGCUUCAGAAAUCGUGGAUCAAUAUCUGUGCAAGAGAAGGGAGGUUUGACAGACCUGUUUACGAUUUAGAUGACCACUCGAUCGAAGAGUUAAACUUAGAGAAUUAACAGCUUCAUAAACAGACUGAGUGUUUGCCGUGAGGUACGUCUUUAACCAGAGAUGACCGAUCAAGGUAAUUAACUUCCUCUCCUCAUGAGCGUCGAAGAUAAGAAACUCGGUGACAGAAUAUUGUGAAAGGAGGAGGAUCGAUACAGUUAUUAAAACAAAAAAGCACGCAAGAGAAUAAAGUCUGAAAUAUUUUUUACUCGAGCGAGACUCUAACCAAUAGUACAGAUGCAAUGCUCAACAGCCAAAAUUUUGUUAAUAUUUGCAAUCAAUUGAAUAAGACGAAGCGUUAAGAAAUUAGUCUCAAACUCGUAAUUCAGUUACAAAACAAUUUAAUGAUGAUGUGUAAAGAGGACAAAGUUGUAAAAUGUGUGGUUGCAGGUGAAGUUUUUCGCGAUGAAAUUCGCCCUGUCCUGGUGCAUUUCUCAGUUAACGAAGCCUCAGCUUACACACUUGAGUUGGAAGGUGACCUUGACAGCGUUUAUUAUUGGCAAGCUCCAUCUGGGAUGACUGAGUCGUAUUUUCUCGAUUUCGUAAUCGAAGUCGUGGUUGCAACCUCCUUAGAUGACGUCUCCAACCACGAAAGAGAUCGUUUCCUUGAUCUCGUUAAUUGUACUGCUGCAACAUUUUUAGAGUUACAAAAACUCAAUCAAAAACGCAAGAAAUGGUAUAAAAGAGGUGACGGGGAAACUACAUCCAUAUUACGAGCAAAUCUUGCUGCAUUUGAACACAUUGUACUUUACCCCUCCCAGGGAAACAUCACAAGCGUGCAUCUCAGAAUAAACAACGAAACAGAUCCUUCUGGGGAGCUACGAAGAACAAUAAACCGGAGCCUCUGGAAUGAAGCAACAUUUUAUGUUGAAAGUGACGCAGAGGGUGAAAAGGAGGAAAGCCAAGACAUCUGUUUGGAUGAUCCUUACUCGUCAGAUGAAGACGAAGAAGUUGGGCGGGAAGUCCAGGCGAGCCCGGACAAUCCUUGCUAUUAUCCUUCUCAAAUAGAAAUGGCAGCGAUAUUAAAGAAACGAAUCGACACCAUCAUGUCCCAUUACCAUGGCAUUUCAAGAUUAAGAGAAGUCUUCAACGAUAUUGAAUUCGUAGUGUACACAGCUCGGUACAGAAUGCUGAGUGAUCAGACAGAGAAGAGGAUUUGCCAUCCUGACGCAGGCGUAUUAUCAAAAGAAGAACUCGAAUCGCGCAAACGUGACCGUGAUGGAAAGAAAAGGAUGUUCAUGUAUGUUCGUAGUAUAGAAACGGAUACGCAUUUUGAUGAGCUUAAAAGAGAUGUUCAAGAAAAACCUCAGACUAUGUUUGUCAUCGUAGCUGACGAAUGCCAUUGGGGAAUAACAAGAGACAAAGAGAGGAAAUGCUCUGCUCACAAUCGUUUCAUCAACGAAUGGUGCAAAAAGAACCCUCCGAAAAAUGUGAUUGUUGUACAAAUCUCGGCUACACCUUUCAACCUCCUAACGCAGAACUCUCGCCUUCCCGUGGUUUCCUGCGUCCUUCUAAGGGACAGUGACUCUACCACUCAGAACGAAUACACAGCAGGCGAUCUUGUGGUGCAGACGCAAGACUCCACCCUAGAAGAACAUGUAGAAAACACCUCAAAGGAACUAGAACUUCAUGUUAUCCAUUGGUCCGAGGUUGAACUUAAAAACUUUGAAAGGGGGAUGCGAAUGAAGCUCAUGUCAGCCUUGAACAUUGAAAACUCUCCCUACCAGUACCUGCAAGUCUCCACAAACGGAAAACUAAGAGUAACACCUGACAGAGAUGACGCGACAGUAUUCAUUAUCCAAGGCAGUCACGGCAUUGUCACUCUCAAAGCAGAACCAACUCCUUCGAAGAGCUUGACCGUCACCAAAGAUGCCUUUGGAAAUUUAGAAGCCAGAAUUGAUCCUCCAGAGCCAAUGGAAUUUGAAGUUAAGCUAGAUUUUGGAGUAGGAGUGGUUGCAUUUUGUUCCUGCGACGGACAAGAUGAUUAUAUUUCUGUUUCUGUUUCCGUUUUUGAAGAAUAUUCUGUCAGUUUGCAAGGGGCGAAAAUUGAACGAAAAUGUGGUGUUUCCAUUCUGAAACCACUACACAGAGUGGCUAGAGUUUCGUUUCAGUUCUAUACAGAUCAAUCAGGACCAAUGGAAGUCAAAACGGUUGGAAAGCAGUAUUUGAGUUUAAACUAUUAUCUCAGCACCCUAAACAGUCCCUUCAAGAAAGAACAGAAAAUUCGAGAAGAUGAGACCUUUCAAAAAAUUGUGGAUAAGGCUAAGAGAGGGAGGAAAAUGUCACAGUCAGAUUCGACUUCUUUUCCAAUCGAUGCCUUGCUAUGUGCGGAUUAUUGCUACCACAUAAUCCUUUUGAGUGUUUUUGAUAGUGGAGAAAAGGUAUGUGAAGCACUGACUCAUAGAGUGGAAGAAUCACCCGCUACUGAAUUCCAAAGUCGUCUCAAAUCAUUCAAGGGGAACCUUAAUGCAACAGAAGUAAAAAGAUACAUUGACCUGGAGGCUUUCGAGCUUAUCCAAAAAGAUAUCUGCCACAGAGUGAAACAAACUUUUCAAGAAAACCUGAAACAAGUGAACAAGUUGCAGAAACAGAAGUCACCUCACCCUGUUAAAUUACAAACAGCCAAUGAAGAACUGGCUACAUCACUUGUUGAAUGCAUAAUGCAUCUUUCUCCGGAAGAGGUUAAAAAACUCGAAAACGUUGAUGACGUUGGACAAGAACUGCAAGAAAACGGCUGUAGUGUAAUGUUCCACGAUCUCGUGCAAGAACAUGAAACAAGGUCCUUAGUGAAAGAUCUGAUCCAGAGCGGGAAAGAAGAGCAGGGCAAAAUGAAAAUUGUACGAGCUAAGACAAUGAAAACUGCAGAUCAAUUUUACUACACGGUACAACUAGCGAGGAAAGUGUCAUGUCUUGAGGAAUGCUUCGAAGUCAUCAGAGACUAUGGAGGAAUUCAGAUCGAAAACCAACUGAUGAAGUCGUCAAGUCCCUUCUUUAAAAAGCUUCAACCAGAAGUUUGCACCUACAAGUUUGAUUGUCGUUGCAGUGAGUUGAAACUACAACCAAGACAUAAAUCAUGCGCCAACUGUCAGCACGUGCACAAAUCCAUAACGCAGUAUGAAGACCUGGAAAACCUUGCAUGUAUCCUCAUUCUGGUCGAUAAAGGUCGUAUGGGAGACACUUUUCCCCAGAGUUUUGAUUGUAUCGACUUACGACUUAACUACGACAGCAGUCAAGAGUUCAAAGAGGGCUCAGCAAUGUAUCUGUCAAGUCUCAUUCAAGAGCUGGGAAGAAUGUGCCGUUACGUAAAAGUUCCCACUGGUGCGAUUCCUUAUGCAUUAGUUGGGCGACAGCUAUUCAAGAAACUCCAAAUGUCAUUGGAGACAUCUCCGUCAAUAAGUGUGACUCCCUGUAGUAAAGCUGACCGGUAUAUGACAAGGACGCGCAAGAGGAAAGAGGCUCAUUCCUCGUCACUGCGAUGGCUUGACUAUGAAGCUCAUAAGGACAGCUAUGAUUAUGAAAACGAAGAAACGCACUGCAACAGAAUCCUUCUACAGGCCGAACCCCAGAUUGGCAAGACGGGAACGUACUUAUGCCUGAUAAGAGAUUUACGACUAGAUAUUCUGGGGAAGGAAAAAGUUUUUCUCACUUCGCCUGCUGCAUUUGACGAAGGAACUUUUUACCGAUGCAAGGAAAGUGAUAACCCUGAUGAAUCGGUAAUCAAAGAGAUGGAUGAAUGGAAAGACUGGCAAUUUCCUUUUUGGAAAGCGAUCGAGACUUCUCCAAGCCUGUACAAAAAACCAGUUGGGACGGGAAAGUAUUCAAUAGGAGGGUGCUUUUAUAGUCAUGACAUGGAGGAGAGUCCUUUUAUUCUUCUGAAGGGAGAAAAGCAGAAGUUAGUUAAGACCGGUUAUCAGAACCUCAAGACUGACGAUUGUUCAAAUGGCCUCCGUGCCUGGCACUGGUAUCAUUUCGAGAAAUGUGCUGAGUGUGGAAGACUUCUCCAAGGUCGAGAAUCUGUUCUGGAAAAUGUGGAGGCAGGCAUUGAUGGUAUCCCAGUCACUGUUACAUGCUCCUUGCCAAGUGAUUUUACCUCAUUCGCUCAGCUGAAAGAAAAAUCAAAGAGUAGCAAAUCCCAACGGGAUGAUCACACCUUGCCAUACUGGAUAUUUCAUCCUUCACACAGAAGCGAUCCAAGAAAAUGCACCCUAAAUUACCACCACGUAAUGCAAGAAGACGGGUGUGUCGCCAAUUAUGUCCAAGUUCUCGUUGUCCGAAGGGAAAAGUUCGAGGGCUACAGAAAAACUUGGGGAAAGGUGCUUGUCAUUCUACAACUGCCAGAGAAACUCCCCAACUGUGACCUGGGACCGGAUGAAGGAGGAAUUGGUUAUGCAAGACUCUUUAUUCAAAAGAUCGCAUGUUCUCUAGAGCUUGAAUACGUCUUCAUGAUUGACGACAAUAUGGCCAUGAUGUCUGAGGUAGAAUUUACAAAUCAUCACAUGUCUAGAAAAGAAAGAAAAGUCGUCAGAGAUGACAGUGGGGUGAUGCAAAUGAGGCGCUGCACUUUCCUAAAACCUUUGACAAGUCUUCAGAAAAUAGCACAGGGAAAGGACACUCCACCUAUAGCUGACGGGGAAUAUGAGUCUCAUCCUCUAAGAGAUGAUUUCAAAGCCGAAGGUUUUCCACUGUAUACGUAUACUGGUCCUGCGAAAUUGUUUCGCGGCAAGCAACAUGAGAGCUAUGGUAUUCUCGGUCUGAUGAGAAGUAUCCCAAAAGCAGUCAGUCCGUUUGCCAAGACCCAGGUGUACGCUGCCGUCUUGCUCAAUGUGAAAAGUACCACCGAGAAAGGCGUCUUUUACCGUCCAUGGCCCUGCUGGGAAGAUCUGCGUUUCAACGAUGAUUGUGACAAAGAGGGUUUAUGGGUUGUUAAAUGCAACGGUUAUUGUUUCUUCAAAAUUCAAUACAAAGACUGGAUUGACAACCUGGUCCUUCCACAAGUCUUCCCUUGGGAUGAAAACUGUACGAUCGUGGAAGGAACACUUCAAAGCGAGCUACCCAAAGACCUGGAAGAGAAAAUUAUCCUGGAGCACCUUGGCCGCUUUGUGAACACCAGUGGUCCUGACAAGUGUUUCAAAGGAAGCAUUGGAUACGAUAAACUGGAACAAAGAGAGGAAUCCCCCCUUCGCAUUGUUGAAACACUCGAAGUAGACACAGUUACAAAAGAUGACUUCACUCUCGGAGUCUCGCUGCUGGUUCUCUCCUACUGGGUAGAAGAUCGGAGGAGAGAGACCCUGCAUCUCCUUGAUUCAUAUUUCUGUCGUACUGAGCAGAAAAUUGUCUUCGUUGCAAGUGCCAUGGAGGCAAAGAAGCGGUGGCCUCAAUUGACUAUACACACCAUAUCAACCGAGAAUGGCAUUUGUCACAACGCCGAAAUGAGUGACAGAAAUGCACAAUUUGCCCUUUUUUCAGCGGCGGACCCAAGGAGGCACCGUUUGCGUAGGAUUUUGAUCGAGGCAUCCUUCUCCCAAGGCAAUGAGGACCUCGAAGGGAAGGCAAGUAGAAGUAACGAAAUUGCCUUCCCAAACAAUCUUGUGGACACGAGAGAUGUGUCAGCGAUCAAGGAAGGAAUCUCAAGUAACAUGGAAAAUAGAAACUAUAUAAACAAAAGAGGAAAGAGAUCCCUUCAAGAGCCUCUUGCUAGCUGCUCCGAAAUCAAAAGGCAGAAGACUGAAGAUGACUGGUUUCAUCAACUUGACAACGUAUACUCUGAUAUAUUGUCUAAUGAUGACAAAGAUAACAACGAUGAAGACGAUUUGAUGUGUAAUGAAGUUGAUGAUGAUGAUGAUGAUGGAGACGAUGAUGAUGAUGAUGAUGAAGUAAUAUGUUUAGGAAGUUCAUCUAAUCAGCAAACACCACAAUUUGACCGCGGGUUUUUUCAACAUUCUGCCGACUUCAGAGAAAGCAGCUCAAUCAGAAGUUCUUUGGAUUCGGCGCACAAUGACCAAGAAUCUGCACAAGAUGAAAUCUAUCCCUCUGAUCUAGAUGAGAUUGUAGGUGAUGGAGUCCAAAACGAUAGUGAUACUAUCAUCCUUAAUGAAACCCGCCCUUCUCAGGACAAGGCCCAAGAAGAAGAAAAUGAUUAUCCUAAGUAUAUAGAAGGGACAAGUGGUGUCACUAAAGCUAUCGUCGAUCUUUGGAUAAAAUACAAGAAAAUUUCGGGAUCGAGCCAUAAUGUUAUGGAAGACAUAGAGAACACUCUUGAUAGUUUUACUCCUAACCAGUUACAGGAAAGGGACGAGAAAGGUUACACUCCACUUUUGAAAGCUUGUUCGUUACCUUCUAUGAGCCCUCUUGUGAUGAAGUAUCUUAUCAGUACAAAGAUAGAUAUUACCUGUCAGUUACCACCCAACUUUGGCGGACACCACCCAUCAGGGGAGGGGUUGGUUCCAGGGAUGUCCGCUUUGUCAGUGGCAAUUAAGUGCAAAAAUGUUAGCCUGGUUAAGAUUUUCAAGAAAGAAGAGAAAAAAAAAUUGAUAAAAAUUAGAGACGAGGAGGAAAACAGCGCUCUGCAUCAUAGUAUUCUUUCCUGUUCUAAAUCUGCCUUUAAGGCACUUGUUCCUCUGUAUGAGGCAAAGGAUGCGAGAAAAAUGCUCAACAGAGACGGAAAGAGCCCUUUAGAUAUCGCUUUGGAGAUGGAGUCGACUGGAAUGUUCAAAGGAAAACAAGAAGAUAACAUCCGAUUCAUGAUUAAGGAACUGAAGAAGAAGAAGAAAAAGAAGAACAAUUCUAUUCAGAAGAUAGAAAAGUAUCUCAGUCCGAUACAAAGGAAGACUUCAACUCCUUAUCAAUCUCGUUAGAAAUCUGGUAAACAAAUAAAGAUGUAAUAUGCGCCCGCAUCAAGGAAAAAGAGAGAAAAAUAGCUGGUUUAAGAGCAUUCUGGAAACAGAUCUGAUUUGCGAACACAGACAUUGUUUCCUCUUUAUAAAAGACAAGUGAGCGAUACUGAGAUCACUGGACUUUUUAAACUUAGAUGAAUUUCAUUUUAUAUUUGAGAUGGUGAUACAGAUCGAGGACAGUUUUCUUCAAACCAUAGAAACAUCUUUAUUACUGAGAAAUCGUAUGCUGAGACGAACAUGUGACUUAGAGAAAAUUAUAUUCAGCGUAGACGCGAUUGUGAAAAGCCUCGAUGACUCAUUCGAGGGUAAUAGGAUAUUGAUAUUUAAGUAAGGCUUCAUUACGAAGUUUUUUAAUCUCUUUUAGCUAUAAAAAGACACCUUAUUCAAGUGGUGUAGUGAGACAAAAACCUAUACGAAAUGUUGUGUGUUUUUUUCGGUGAGAGGUUGAAGUUCAGGAUCCCGCGAAACUUGAAACGAGCAUUCAAUAUCUAUAAAUUUUUAGAAAUAUAAUGAGACCGAGAAAAGCAGACUACUUAAAGGAAAAAAUACAAGGAAAAUGAAAGUACAAGUAAAUUUCUGCGGCACCGUCAAUGGAAGCAACCCACGUUAAUCAUCAACUCUAUCAUGAUAAUUUAAAACUUUCUUAGUAAUUGUAUACAUUGUCACGUUUCCUUUGACGGUUAUGUCCAAUUAACAUUCUAAGUACACUAUAAACUGAAUUCAAACCUGUACUUUGUGUAAAUUAGAGCUGAAGAUUACAGAAGAACUCUCGAAACAUGUUUUUUUUUUUUUUUU